AUGGAAAGCAUCGAUUUUGACUGGCUAAAUGGCGAUUAUGCUUUAAAUAUUAGUACCCCCGUGGCUUCGACUUCUGGCAGCCCCAGAGCCAGCCCAGCCGCCGAACGAGUCGACCAGCCAAGUGGUGAACGUGCGCUACCACUUCUCCGACUCAGUGGUUGGAAAAGCGACAAGCAGUAUGACAAGAACAACCCCAUUUGCAUCCACUAUGACUUUCAGUGGAAAAUCUCCCAACGUGAGAAUAUCAGAGCUAGGAAUGUUUGUUCAGACACAGAUCCUGAUCUCGUCUUGGCUCCCAGCGAUUUUUGGAAGGUUAAAUUCCAGGCACAACUCGAAAGCCUUAUGAAAGAAAUGAAAGACGAGGAAAGCCUCAGUGACUUGUUUAGCAAGGGGAGGAAGAUAGCUUUCAGCAUGGAGUUUGUUUAUAAGGAGGUUACUUGUGAUUCUACAAUGGCAAAGGGCAAGAAAAAGAAGAAAAGCGCUACAGAAGCCCAAAAGCUCCAGAGAGCCGCUGACGCUGGUCUUUGGACCCGAAUAUACGAGCAUUACCGUUGCAGAGGCAAAUACUGCAAGCAAGGACCUCACUGCUGGUCAGACGAACGUGGAAACCAUCAUAGACUGCUGCCAGGCCAGCUAGAGGAGAUUGUCCGUCAUAUCAAAGACAACAUGAAGGAAGGGGAGACAGAAGAGGAUGUCGAUAUUGACAUCAAGAUUCCGUCUAGUAUUCUCAAAAACAUAUUGGAUAAUAGCCGCAAGCAGAAAGCAGAUGGCUUAACUGACUGUCGUCAUUGUAAAACCCGUGCCUCAGCCCAUAGUGAGGGUUGCAAUACCAGGGACGUAGAAGGGGAUAGACAUGCUAAACUUGAGGAGUACUGUACCUGGGGCCUGACACAAGUUGAGAGCGACAGAUGGCGAAGUGCGCUGCAGAUUGCGAAUAAGGUUGCAAUGGAUCAGUUCCUAGAAUUAAACACUAUUCUGCAGCACCCAAAGGUAGUCGCCGAACUAAUGGUGAAGCAUGGGGUGAAACCAGGCAUUGCACUGCAAUUUGUGAGCAACGUUGAAAGAUUUCAGCGGGAGGAACAGAAGUCUUAA